AUGUGCAUCGUUGCAACGUUGCCCAUUUGGUUUCAAUCCUUGAUCUGCGUUCUGAGCUGCGAUGGUGCUACCUGUGAGAAAUCAGCAGCAGCCGGAGGAUAUACGUCUGUCUACCAGUACAUGAUCACAAAUGCCGUGCUCCAGUUGCUGUUGCUGCCCUUUGGGCUUCUCAUACUUUAUCCAAUGCUACUGCAAGCCAAUAAAUUGGUUGCUGCAGCAUUUCAAUGGACCAGUUGCGGCAUGUGGUGGCUGGUGAGACUCGUUUUAGGAACAUGUGUGAGUGCAUUGGUCAUGUGGUCCAAUGAUCAUUUACAGCUUGCUCUUCGUGACAUGCUGUUUUUCAGCACGACGUCCUCUGCAUAUUUGGCCGUUGUGUUGGAGGCCACCCUUGCAGGCGAGGUGCAGAUCAUUGAUGCCAUGGACACUCUGACUUCUGCCUUGAACAUUUGCCGACUCAUCGCCUUGUCCAAGUCGCAGCAGGCAGACUUCAUGCGGCAAGCUUUACAUGGAACUGCGACGGGAAAACACUUGGAUUUGGAGGCCAUGCUGGGGAAGAUCUCCAAGCAGAUUGAUGCGGAACUGAAGAUGUUGGACCAUGGAGAGGGAACGACCUUGGCCGCAGCUCUCAGUGAGGCCUCAGUGAAUUUGGAGCAGAUGAAACGUGAUCGUAUCACCAUGGUGGCCCACCUCGUUAGUCGUGUGCGCGAAAUUCUGUCCGAACGAGCCAACAGUGGCGCUUAG